AUGCGUCCGAUUUGUGGUGGCGAGCGCCGUGGCCAACCAUCGAGUCCGGCGGCUACGACAAGAAUCGUCUGUCGGAGCAAGGGCCCGUCCACCAAGGCGACCGUCGUGAAGGCGGGCCGAUGGAUCCGACGACGUAGGAAAUGCUUCCAUCUCUCCUCCCUCGCCACCAUGACUCUGCUCGCCGUCCUACUCUUCGUCUUCGCCUCGCCCGUGGCCGCCGUCCGCAUCGACGUGACAAACUGCCUCGCCGAGUCGUACCGGACGAACGAGCCCAAGCCGCUGCAAUGGAUGCCCAAGUUCGCUGAUGCCAAGUUCGACACCCUCCACAGCAGCCACAACCUCCAGCUGAUCGUUUGGGGCGACGUCGAGGGCUCGCAGAACCAAGCCGUCCUGCCUCCGCCGAACGACACCUACUGGAAGAACGCGGACGAGACCAACGGCAAGAUCAUCGAGACGGCCGACCCCAACGCGGACAAGUUGAAGGCGACAACGCUGUAUUCGCGUGUCAACGUUCUUUCCUACGAGCCCUGGCAUCUCGCCAAUAAUUUCUGCCACGAGGGCUUGGUGAACGGGACCUGCCCGCUGGCCCCGACAUUCCUCCCAGAUCGCUACUCCCCGGAUGGCCUUCCCUCGGUCAAUAUAAGUCACAACUUCAACGCGCCCUAUGCCUUUGCUUCCUUCGCCCCCACCAUCCUCAUCAUUUACGGCGACGCCAAGGCGACAAACAUCGGGUGCAUGUCGGCUACCAUCACCCCCGACUUGGGCGGCACAUCCUGGAUCCUCAAGUUUCUCCCGCUCCUCGUCCUUCUCCUCUCCGGCUUCGCCGUCCUCUUCGCCGCAAUUCUCAGCCCCUGGGGAACCACCAACAUCUUCCACUGGUCCUCCAACUACGGCCGAGAUGCCGACCUCUUGAGGCUCAUCACCCCCGGCUUCGGCGACUGCUUGCAGUAUAUCCAGUUCAUCGCCCUCACCGGCGGCCUGUCCCUCAGCUAUCCUGGCUACUAUCAGCCAGUCGUGAGCCAGGUCGGCUGGUCCGCCCUCAUGUUCAACGAAAGCCUCGUCACGAACGCGCCGUCCUGGCAGAGCCUCGUCGACGGCAUCUACGUCACCAACGUCACCGACGGCUAUGGCCUUCACGAGCUCGGCCAGUUGAUAGGCAUGGCCGAGAGCGCCGACAUCUGGCCCGGCAUGAUGGUUUGGCUGUGCGUCAUCAUUGCCGGCGUCUUCGUCCUCUUCCAGGCCGGCUUCCUCGUCCAGUGGCUCUGGCGCAGGAUCAACAACAUUGCCGAGGAGGACCUGCGAGCCAAGAACAUCCCCUUUAGCGUCGGAAACGUCGUCCGCAUAGUCUUCAACUACAUGCUGAUGCCCAUCGUCGCCCUCUCGACUUUCCAGCUAUUCAUCGCCGGAGAAUCCCCCGCAUACAUCGUCGCCCUCGCCGCCCUCACCCUGCUGAUCCUCAUCGGCUGUGCCGUCUGGAUCCUGUUGCUCAUCAUCCGGACACGACCAAAGUCGGUCCUCUUCGACGACCUGCCCACCGUCCUCCGCUACGGUCCCUUGUAUAACACGUACGCUGAUGAGGUUGCCGCCUUUGCCCUCAUUCCCAUCCUGCUCAAUUUCAUCCGCGGCAUCGCCAUCGGCGCCGUUCAGACGAGCGGCGUUUCCCAGAUCGUCAUGCUCGCCAUCUGCGAGGUCCUGCAGAUCUUCACCCUGCAUGCGUUCCGCCCUUUCAGCUCCCCGACGUCGAUGAACGCCUACCAUACCCUCUUCGCCGUCCUUCGAGCCGUCACCAUCCUGCUCAUGGUCGCCUUCGUGCCGACCCUGGGCGUCACCGAAGGCCCCAAGGGAUGGAUCGGGUACGCCAUCCUCCUGAUCCACGGUGGCGUCCUGAUACUUGGCUUCUUCCUGAGCGCCCUGAGGACUCUCAUCGAGGUCAUCGCCCGCAUGCUCGGCGCCGGCGGAGAUAAUGUCACAGGCCUGACGCGAGGCGGGCUCUCCAAGAUCUUUGGCAUGCGCCAGCUGUCGCGACGGGAGAUCCACCGUGCGGCGGGCCCGUCGAGGGUCAGUCAGCUAUCGACGGCGGCCAUGCUGGACGCCGAAGAGGGCCACCGGUCCGGCUACGUGAUGCCGGGCGGCAGGGUUCGCUCCGGAUCGGUGGCCAGCCUCGACGCCGUCGUCGUCCACCACCGGCACAAGAGCAGCUCGGCGCUCGACUACAGCGAUGCGUACUCGAAUCCUCACCGAGCCCUCGACACGCCCACUUCCUACAUGCCCGGCACCCCCGGCGAUUCGAGCACCUUUUCCUUCGUUGGAUCCCCAACCUCGGCACGACACGUCCUCUCCCAUCUGGGCAUGGAGAAUACUGAUCCUUUCUACCGGCCACCACGCCGGCGGCGCGACAACUUUCGUGACUCGGAGUCCUCUGACGCGCCGCCUGUUUCGACUCAUUCGAAACAGGUCGUUCAAGACGCCGCAAGGUCCUCGGAUGAGAUGCCCAGGGGGCCGACCCCGCCGCCAUCGAACGAGCCGAAAGUGCCAAACGCAAUAAUGAACCUUCCGGCGAACCGCCCCGACUACUCGACACGCGAAGUCGACUUUUAUUACGGUGUCCGAGGCCCGGCCUUGAACUCGGAAGGCCCUGGCCGAAGGCUUGGUACGGGACCGGCCGACCCCACCGGGCCUGUGGCCACCGCAACGGGCUGGUUCCGUACCAUCUUCGGCGGCAAGACGAAAGAAAAGGGCAAGGGCUUCGAGGUCGUACGAUCCUCGAGAAUGCCCACCGCGAUGGUACGAAAUGGCGGCUUCGGGGACGAGACGCCGCCGGAGGGCAUCCCUGUCGCCAUGGGUGUUUUGAGGAAUGGCCCUAUCGAUUCGGAUGAUGACGUCCCUCAGUCGACACCGUCCCCGAAGCGCCCCGUCGACUUGCUCACGGGUGGUGAAGGUCCGCCAGAAUCUGGUUCGGAGGAGCCGGCGUCGGCAACCGAGGAGCGAAACAUCGCAAGCGAGCAGUCAACGGGAGAGUUGGGGCAAGCCGAUGAGCUUGAUGGCGGGCUCGAUGUGCCGCUACCGGCGAUACCUCGAAAGAGCUCGAAGAGAAACUCGCAGAUAAUGGACCACCGCUAUCUACCGUCACUCAGCAUCGUGGAAUCCAACUCCAGACCGUCGCGGAACAAUGGCAGCGUCGACGGCGACUCGAUCCGCCGGUACCGGCUAUCUGCAUUGCCGUUUGAGAGUGCUGUGUCUCAAAAACGCUUGUCGACAAAUUCGUCAGUGGAUUUCGCCACCAAUUUCAUCGAUGUCAAUAUCCAGAACAGUCGGGACAGUGUGACGCCCAAUGAUGAGCCAUUCUCGCCCGACAAUGCUCGUUCGUUCGAGCCCGAAUCACCGACAGACCUGCUGGGGAGCUCGGCCAGGCUGAUGGGUGGAAGUACGGCUCGCAGAGCUUGA